CGAAGUUGGGCUUUUGCGGGUCAAAACAAUAAGCACCAACAGCCAACAGCCAACAACAGCAACCACAAAUACGCGGAAGGCAUAGUACCGGUAGCUAGCUAGUGCGUGGAUGCCAGAUUAAAGCAUCUUGUUGCCUCCCCUAUCCUGUCCUGGCUGAAUGAAACUGCAUGCUGGUAGAGUUGAGAGAAGAGCGAACCAGAUAGUCAACCCUUACUAGUAUUCCCCCAUCGGCAUACCGGUAUCAUCACACGACAAUACAAGCUCCUCCACCAUACCAAUACUAACACAAGAUGACCACGACGACGACCACCACUACUACUACUGCCAAUCACCAAUCGUUCAAUGCGUCGAUGGACAGCAUCAAAGCGUAUCCAGGAGGCUUAAAGACCCGUCGUCGACGGCGAGCCGAAAAUAUCUCGGUCAAAUUUUCCGAAGACAUUCAAUCCGAGGAGGUCGAACACUUGGACGAUCUCCCGGGCGAUGAAAUUUGGUACUCGCCCGAAGAAUACGGCGAAAUCAAAGCCCGCAACACAUACAUUGUAAGACUCAUCAAGGCGGGAAAUUUCACCGAAGACGACGACUUUUCCUGUCGUGGCCUCGAACACAAAUUGAAAGAGGUAUUUCGGCAACGACGCGCCAACAAGUUCAACGCCCUCAAUGCCGUCUUGGAAGAACAAGAUCGACAAAUAACGCGAGGCAUUGUCGAUGAUAAACUCAUCUCGGCAGUCUAUCAGACCGUCUCGGUACGAUGCCAAGAAUCCGCCAAUACGAUUGCCUUUCGAGAUUAUCGAUAUUCCAGCAGUUACAAUCCAAAUGUGCCGGCUACUGGUAAGGCACCUCUUCAGUUAGGAGGAGAAUCCGGUAGUUCCGUCACACCGCCCAAUCAAAAGGGAGAUAAAAAGAAGAAAAAGAAAGACAAAAAGAAGGAAAAAGAAAAGGACAAAGGGAAGGACAAGGAAAAAGGGAAGGGAAAGGACAAAAAAGAAAAACUACAAAAUAAUAAUCAUGAGCCACAGCCCGCCGAUGACAAUAAUAAUGAAGACGACGAUGAGGAUGAAACAUUGUCACCAAAGGGAGAGAAAAAGAAGGGAAAGGUACGAAAAAUGGCACGUGGAGCCAGAAGAAUGAUGAGACGAAUGAGCAUGUAACCCAAUAACGACAACACAACGACGACAACAACAAUCUCCUGGGGGACUAUUCGUUUGGA